AUGCAACAAGGCGCUGUGAAUUUAUCUGGUACAACUCACGAUGAUGUUGACACCAUGGGAGAUGUCUCUACAGUAUAUCCCCCGCCUCCUAGUUCAAAAGGAAGGAAAGCGAAGUCAUUAGCAUAUUUAGCUUCUGAGUUUGUCAAGCUAAAUCAAGAAGAUGAAACGAUCGAUGUGAUGUACGCUGCAGGUAUGCUUGGCGUCGAGAAGAGAAGAAUAUACGAUAUCACAAACGCCCUAAUCGGAGCCAACGUUCUUCAGAAGCAAGGAAAGAGUAGUUAUCAUUGGAUCGGUGGCUCUGUUUCCACUGUAAGCGACGAGGAGCAGCGUGCUGUCUCAUCGAAGCGAGACCUUUUAGAAAAGCAAUGUCAAGAGCUGGAUAAAGUCAUCGAAGAGUUCUCUUCUUACCUCGAAGACACCUAUUAUAAUAACCCCAGCGUCGUUUUAACCACCGAUGAACUUGUGAAUUCUUGUCAAAAGAGUAAUCCAAACCCCAAUCAAACCAUCAUAGCCAUUUGUGCGCCUCCAGGAACGGAUGUUUAUGUUACGAAUAACCGCGAUGGAAGAGACAAUGAAAUCUUCUUGUCUUCCUCUGGAGGCGAGAUUCGCACCUAUCUGCUUCCAUCCACGACCGAAUCGCCGCAAGUUCCGUCGGGUUCGCAGGGUUUAACGGGACCAAUGGCGUCUGUGGGUGCCAUGUCCCCUCCCUAUACACCGAAAUUAAAUCCAUCGGAGCUUUCGGGUGUUUCAACGCCGCUGGAUUUCGGAUUAAGUGAGUUAGAUUCGAUGCAGAUGUAG